AUGGCGCCCGACCGAAGUGAAGUGACUUCCAUCACAUACAGGAAUCCGGAAGUCUACUUGGGCAAGGCAUGGACAAGUGCCAUGGAUAUCUGGGCGUGGGGAAUUGCAAUUGAUUUACAUUCACCUGGUAUAUAUGAUUCGGUGAUCAAAGAAGGCACACUCGAACAGAAGGCGGAGACGGUCCGAGCGUGUCAGUGCCAUGAUUUUGACCUUCGUUCGCUUGAAUACUUUCAGGAUUGUGAUUUUUCUGCUGUUGAUGAUCUCGGAGUAAACGGUGGCCUGAAUUCUGGCGACGAACAUUGGACCGAUCGCUUGGUAGCAUUAGGCAUUCCCGAGUAUGAUGUUGUCUUCCUCUACGCCGUCUUACAACCCGACCCAACGAAGAGGAUGUCAGUGGAUCAGAUCCUAGAAACGGGGUAUUUAGACGCCUAUUGA